AUGCCCCUCGCGUACACCCCGCACAAAAUUCUGCUCAACCCAGCCACCAAACACGACAUCCCUGUUGAUUACAAGCACCGCACCAUGGCCCCCGACGUCCAGGUCGCCCGGUUCGUCCUCCAGCCCGGGGAGGAGAGCCGACGCCAGUCGAGCUUGUUGCGACCCACAUGCGCAUCCUCAUUGGCCCCCGGGGCCCGCUCGAGUAUCUCCAGCGCGUUGGCCUUCGUCGUCAAGGCCGGCCUCCUGGGCCUCCGCCUUGGCACAUCAGCCGCCGCGCCCGUCCUUCUCGCCCUCCCUGGCGUGCUGACCAGCGUGCUGGACAUCGAGGCAUCCGCCUUUGUUGCCAUCGCUGCCCUCUGA